AUGACUUCUAACCAAAAUUUGUGUCAAUCACCUACAAUCGAUAGUCGCUUUUUGAAAAAUGAUCUGGAAAAUAUAUUUGAGUUUGAAGAAGAAAAUGGACAAAAAAAGUCAGCUAGAUGUAAGCUAAAAAAUGAUGAUGUGCAAUGCAAUUUUCAGGCAAUGGGAACAAGUGUGUCAAAAAAGUUUAAUCUUUGGCGUCAUGUGAAACGUAAUCAUCCUAAAAUCUAUGAUGAGUUAGUAAAACAAAAAGAUGAAAACGAUAAAGCUGCCUCAGAUAAAAAACGUGGUAAUGAAAAUGAUGCCACGCCAUCUAAAAAAAAAAUAAAAACUGUACAAGAAAACAUGAGCACAUAUUUUACAUCAUCAAAAGUUACAAUCACUAUAGAUGCAAGUACUUUUCAAGAAGGACUUGUUGAGAUGAUUUGUUUGAGUAUGGUUCCAUUUACUUCAUUUACAUUAAAAAACAAAGGAUUUCAAAAAAUUGUUGGUGAAAUGGCAAAAAAACUCGGUGUAUCAAUGGGGCAUGAUGCGGUUCGACAUUUGGUAAUAACCACAGCAGAUUCUUCUCGCAUGAAAGUUGCCUUUCAAGCUGCUGAUCUUACUCCAGGUAUGUUUAUGAAGGAGUGGUGUAAACUUGAAAAAUGUUUGGAAGAAAAUGGAGAAUAUGUUGCGCUAGGAAUUUUAUCUUCUAUGAGAAAGCGGAAAGAAAAGCUUUUACACAACACACAUUUUCUUGCUGGAGUGUAUGUUGAUGCUAGAUACAGAAUCUUAUUGAAUAAAUCAGACAAAAUCAAAGCCAGAGAAGGUUUGGCUGAUAUUCAAUUGCGAUUAAAAAGAAAAAAGCAUUUUGAAGAGGACUGUAAAGCUGUUGAGGAUGUUGGAAGAAUAAAGGUGAAUGUCUUCGAAGCCAUUGCACAUUAUCCAGAUCGAAUCAGACAGUCAAGCAGAAUAGCUGCAAGUAUGCCAACAUCACAAGCCAGCGUUGAAAGAUUAUUUUCAGCUUUGAAAUUAAUACUAAGUGAUAACAGACAAUCGAUGAAAGAAGAUUUGCUUUCCGCUAUUUUGUUUAUUAGAAUGAAUGAUUGA